AUGAUUGUCUUUCUUCUUNGAGAUCUUUUAGCAAACAUAGGAUCUAUUAUAUCAAUACUCUUCAUGUUUAAAUAUAUCAUUAUCUAUAUGAAUCAAUAUUCAUUAAACUAAAAAGUAUUAUCUGAUUUGAUAAAUUUGUAUUAUCCAGAAUUUAAAAAUAUUAAAAUCAUUAAAAAUUGGAGAUUUAAAAUAACAAAAAUUACUCUAAAUCAUGUUUAAGUAGAUUAGAUUGAGUAUUAUAAAAUUUAUGAUAAGAUUAAAAAGUAAAUGCAAUAGAAACUAAGUUAUAUGAAUUUAUUGUAUGAAAUAUCAAGAAUAUAUUUUAUAAUAAGAUCUACUAAAUUACGAGAUGAACUUUUAAAAUCUCAUCAAAUAGGAAUUAAAUUAAAUUUUUCAACUGUUAAAGAAGAUAAUUAUCUUUCAAAUUAUAGGUCUGAUUAAAAAAUUAAUACAUAAGCCGAACCUUUUAUUUUGAAUGAAGAUGAUGCUGAAUUGUUAUCACUUUCAAAAAGGGGAAACCAAAAAUAUAUUGAAACGAUUCCUGAGGAAAUCUAUAAUGAAGUAGAUUAUUAUUAUCUAAAUAAAAUAAUUUGA